CUUUCUUGAACGCACUUAUUGCUUGCCAAGGUUUUUUUAUUUUCUGUUUCUUAUUUAAUAAAUCCUCCAAUACCUCAUAUUGAUCCAAACUGUCUGGAAUUUUGAAAGCACACUUCCGUCAAGUAAAAGAAAGAUCAGAUCACCUCGAAAUCAUACAAAAUGGCAGCUUCAAGCUCAGCAGACGUCUUCGCAUACCUCGUCGCUAUCUUCAUUCCUCCCUUGGCUGUGUUCCUCAAGACUGGAUGUAAUGCCGAUUUCCUCAUCAACAUCUGCUUGACCAUCCUCGGUUGGAUUCCAGGUGUUAUUCACGCCUGGUGGGUUAUCUCGAAGCACGAUCCUGCCAAAUACACAUAAGAGACAGGGAACCAUGGAGGAGGAUGCACGAAAUUGUAUGAUAGGAUAGGAUGGAAUGGGAUGGAUGGGAGUUUGUCGUUUGUUUGGGAUAUACCACAUGUACAUGUUUGCAGGCACAAUCACACCGGAAAUUCGUAAUGGAAUCGAGCACAAAUCUUUUCAAAACCUCC